UCAAGGGAACCACGCAUGUGCCAAACUGCUCCACCACCGGUCUCUAGUGUAGAUACUACUUUAGUAACUCUGGUUAAGCUUUGCGACAUUUUCAAAUCACAAGAUAACCCGUGCCGUGUUUAAUAAUUAAUCUCGCCAUAUUGAGACAUGUUGUGGGAUUAAAGAUUUAAAGAAGCGGAGCGCUAAAUAAGCGUGUCAAUUCAGCGACUGUACGCUGGCUUCUUUACGAUGUUGACCAUGUUAAAUAGGAUAUUGCGACCCGCGUUAAAAGUCAGAAACACACAGCUAUCAUGGAGACACAAGACGCAGAUCCGCGCGUGUGCUGCGAGUUCAGCAACUUUUCAGCCACUUGAAGACUGUCUCGUGCUCAACUAUGGAGGGACGGCGAUGCAUUUGAACUACGUGUGGCUGAGGGAUCACUGCCGCUCUGCUGCUUCAUACAACUCCAGCACCAACCAGAGAAACCUGGACACUGGGAGUAUAGACCUCACCAUCCGUCCCGACGAUGCAACUGUGCAAAAUGGCCAUCUCAUCCUUACAUGGCCUGGAGGCCAUGUGUCAAAGUACAGCCUUAGCUGGCUAGCUGAGAACAGCUAUGAAGGAAAGAAGCAGAGCACCAUCCAGCCACGCAUCCUUUGGAAUUCACACAUCUAUGAAGAGGCAAACAUACCCUCUGCCAAAUGGGACACGUUUAUGAGCUGUGACGACGAAGUAAAGAAGUUUCUUCAGAACUAUCUUCUGUAUGGGAUCGCUUUCGUAGAUGAUGUCCCAGCUACAGUUGAGGCCACAGAGGCAGUGACCCAGAGAGUCAGCCUCAUCAGGGAGACUACAUAUGGAAGAAUGUGGUGUUUUACUUCCGAUUUUUCCAGAGGAGACACUGCCUACAGCCAGCUGGCCCUGGACCGUCACACUGACACCUCCUACUUUCAGGAACCAUGUGGAAUCCAGGUAUUCCACUGCCUCAAGCAUGAGGGAACUGGGGGAACAACACUACUUGUGGAUGGGUUCUACGCUGCUGAAAAAGUACGCCAGCAGUCCCCUGAAAACUUUGAGCUGCUUUCCCAUGUGCCCAUCAGGCACGAGUACAUUGAAAACUCUGACAACCAUCGAAACCACAUGACAGGCAUCGGCCCCGUGCUCAACGUCUAUCCUUGGAACAAUGAAAUGUACCUGAUCCGAUACAACAACUAUGACCGAUCAGUGAUAAAUACAGUGCCCCAUGACCUUGUUCAGCGAUGGUAUGAGGCACAUCGAGAGUUGACGACAGAACUGAGGCGGCCAGAGAACGAGCUGUGGGUGAAACUGACUCCAGGGAAAGUGAUCUUCAUAGACAACUGGCGUGUCAUGCAUGGGAGGGACUCUUUCACCGGCCUGAGGCAGCUCUGUGGAUGCUAUCUGACCAGAGAUGACGUCCUCAGCUCUGCACGCUGCUUCGGUCUGCAGGCCUGAUCCUGGACAUAAACCUCCCCUCACUUCUUGGUCAAUGUGAGACUAAAGGUGAUGCAAGUAGACUCCCAAGUUGGCUCCAUAAUGUUAUCAGGCAGCUCAGUUAAAGGAAACAUUGAGGGUCUCUGUGCUGCCUUUACACUUAGCAUUGACAGAGGGGUAACCAAUUUAUGGUUGUGCCAAAGAAGGAGCUCUUUAAUAUUGAAUGGGGAAAUAAAGAAAAGAAUGUUCAUAAUUCGUCUGCAGCUGUUAAAAGAGUUGGUGACAAAACCAGUGACUUCUGGCCUAUACUUUACCCCCUGGAAUAAAAUGGUUCCUGUUGUUACCACUGCCCUACCAACCAUUUAUAAAUGAAUAAAUAAAUCUGUAGAACGAUCUGAAGUCUUCAUUAAUCUAUUGUCGAUGUAUAAAAAGUUGGAAGUUGAGAAGUUAUCUUGAAGGAAAAGAACAUCUGACCCUACAUUCAGAACUUCAAUCUUGUUGUCAGGUCACAAAGAGUUGCAGUGCUAUAAGGCUGCGCCUGUAGCCACAUGGCUAUAGCAUUAUAUAAUAUUUAAUGUCAUCUGACCCUUUACAACACUAAAGAAAGAAAGCCACUGAAACCCAUACAAGACAAAUCCGCAUUAAGAUCUCAGGGACUCUAACCUGGCCGAGUGCUUGAGCUACAGUGUGAGGCUCCAGUGUAAGUUUGCUGCCACCUAGAUGAAACUUGAUUAUCAAUUUAUGGUCACACUCUAGACGAGCUACUAUCUAAUCAGAGUCUCUGAAGUUUAUUACAUGAAAUAGUCAUACUUCAUCCACAGCUGCUUGACAGUUUGUAUUACAAAAGAUCAACUAAAGAUAGAUCCAUGAGCCCAUUUACCCUUCCCUUCAGGAGUUAAUUCAAUUUUUGUAUUUGUAAUACUAUACUAUACGAUAUUUUAUCAUUUAAAAGACUACAUUUGAAUGUUGGACUGUCAUUUGUUUUUUAAACAUAAUAAUGUAUGUUCAUAUAUACAGAAAAUAAAAAUAAUUUUGAUAAUUUGCAUGAUGCA